UGCUCGUUCUCACAGUCUGAGUUUUUUCCCAUCAGCCUCGGCGUCUCAGGUCUGACAGAAACACCAUGAAUCUCUCAGAUGCUCUCGACGGGUUUUCCAGCAGUGGGAACCAAUCAGGAGGCGGGGGUGGAGCCGUUUGGCCUGGACAACCACUCUCAGGUCCAGUUUGGCCCGGUCAGCCACCGACCAAUCCGGUGUGGUCUGGAGGAAACCCCGCCCAGCCCUCUGGACCUGGAGGGUUUCCUGGUCCAGGUCCUGGAGGAUUUCCUGGUCCUAGUUCCAAUUCUGGUCCAGGUUCUGGAGGAUUUCCUGGUCCAGGAUCUGGAGGAUUUCCCGGUCCAGGUUCUGGAGGGUUUCCUGGUCCAGGUUCUGGAGGAUUUCCUAGUCCCAGUCCCAAUUCUGGUCCAGGUUCUGGAGGAUUUUCCAGUCCAGGUUCUGGAGGAUGGUCCGCUCCUCAGCAAAACUUGACGGUGCCCUUUCAUCAAACUCUGCCCAACGGCGUCUUCAACAAACUGUUGAUCACGAUCGAAGGAACCAUCAACGCCAACGCUGACAAGAUCACGGUGGAUCUGUCCACUCAUCGUGACCUAGCGUUCCACUUCAACCCUCGCUUCAAUGAAGGCGGACGGCAGGUGAUCGUCAGGAACAGCCGCAUCGAUCAGAAAUGGGGGAAGGAGGAGCGGGAUCUGAGCGCCUUCCCCUUUGCACCUGGGCAGAGCUUUGAGCUGAAGAUCCUGUGCACCGACACCGGGUUCCGGGUUGCCGUCAACAACAGUCACCUGUUGGAAUAUCGACACCGGAUCCACGACCUGAGAUCCAUCACCAAACUCAACAUCUACUACGACCUGACCCUGUCCAAGGUCCGCAUGGAGACACUGCCCUGAAACAGGACCAGGAUCCACCUGAGAUCUACAGGAGAUCCACCUGAGAUCUACAGGAGAUCCACCUGAGAUCUGCAGCAGAUCCACCUGACAUCUACAGCAGAUCCACCUGAGAUCUACAGGAGACCCACCUGAGAUCUACAGCAGAUCCAAUUGAGAUCUACAGCAGAUCCACCUAAGAUCUACAGGAGAUCCACCUGAAAUCUACAGGAGAUCGACAGGAGAUCCACCUGAGAUCUACAGCAGAUCCACCUGAGAUUUACAGUAGAUCAUUAGUAGAUGUCCUGCUAAAUCUCAGAAGCUCUACACUAUCCUCUGCAGAUCUAAUGCAGAUCGACAUCAGAUCCACUCUCAGUAAAUCUACUACACCAGAUCUUUGUUGAAUCAUCAGUAGAUCUUCCUCUACCCUGAUGGAGAUCCUCUUUAGAUCUACAAUAAUGUUUUCAGAUACUCAGAAGAGGAAAUUGUACUGCCAUAGAUGUCAGUAGAUCUUCUUUAGGUUUGUAAUAUAUCAACAGCAGAUCCUCAGCAGAUCCUUAGUGGAUCAACAGCAGAUCCUCAGUAGAUCCUUAGUAGGUUAGAUCCCAGGAGAACCACUGUAGGUUUCCUGUAGAUUCUCAGUGAUCUUUAAUAGAACCUCUGUGGACCUCCAGUAGAUCUGUGGUAGAUCCUCAGCAGAUCCUCAGUAGAUAUGUGGUAGGCCUCUCAGCAGAUCCUCAGUAGAGCCUUAGUAGGUUAGAUCCCAGCAGAACCACUGUAGAUCUCCUGUAGGUUCUCAGUGAUCUUUCAUAGAACCUCGGUGGACCUCCAGUUGAUCUGUGGUAGAUCCUCAAUAGAUCUGUGGUAGGUCUCUCAGCAGAUCCUCAGUAGGUUAGAUCCCAGCAGAACUACUGUAGAUCUCCUGUAGAUUCUCAGGGAUCUUUCAUAAAACCUCUGUGGAC